AUGGAGAUCUGGGGUCAGGCCGAAGCAGUGCUGACGCAAGCGAAGACCUUGGCUGCGGCAGCAUUGCCCAAGGGCCAGGCAGGGGUGGGCGAGCUGGAGAGUGGCCUGACGGCGGCCUCCUACGGCACAUCGCAGGAGAAGGCUGCGGCUCUUAUCGCGCUGGCGCGCGCAUACCUGGAGCAGGAAGACGGGCUCUCAGAUGCCACCCCGCUGGCCAAGCAAGCGGUGGGCCUUUUCAAGGAGCUCGGUGUCGGGGCCCUGCGCGAUGUCACGAACUUCAAGGGCAAGCCGGGCCCCGCGAAGAUCCUGAGCCCUGAGGAGUCCGCUCGCCGGGAUGCGGCCUUGAGACCUUUGCGCGAGACCUUGCUGACGUUUCGUGAGAUCGGCGUCCCCGAGGGCGAGCUGGCCGUGCUGUUGAAGGCCGCGGAAGAGCAAGUGGCGGAGGGCAAGACGGAGAACGCGGCAGCGCUGGUGCAGGAAGCUGAGCGAGUGGUGCAGCGAGAGGGCAAGAAGGAGCUGGAGACGAAGGUUGCGGCGCCCUCCAACCUCAUCCUGGCCAAGGCGGAUUUGGCCAAGAAGGCCUCGCAGCCGGCGCUGCAGCACGCCGCCGCGGCGGAGAAGGCGCUCAAGGCGGCUCAGCAGAGUGCCGCAGCUGCGGAGGUCCUGGCAUCCGAGGCGCACAGCCUCCAGGGCAACUUCACCAAAGCCCUGGAGGCAUCCACCAGUGCAGCCGCGAGCUACAAGUCCAGCGGAGACAAAGAAGGUGAGGCCUUGGCGAUGCUGGCCAUGGCUCAAGCGCAACAAGGCCAGGGGGACAAGGACAAGGCACUUCAGAGCGCCAGGGCGGCGCUGCUUCUGGCCCACAGUGCGGAGAAGCUCGGCGUGGUGGACAAGGCCCGGCUGCUGUGCGCGGAGCUGCGGAAAGCGGCCGCGGGCACGGUGGCAGUGCCGGCGGCGGUGCCUUGCAAGGUACUGGACCACAGAGUGCCCGGGGUCUCGGGCCCGGCCACCUUGCCCAGCAAGCCCUUCGUGGGGGCACAGCGCAUGGUGGGCACGCAGGAGUCCAAGCGACUGUCGGGGCUGGUGACCCUCGUGACGGGCGCCUCCCGCGGUAUCGGCAAGGGCAUCGCCCAGAGCCUCGCGGAGGCGGGGGCCAUCGUGUACGUCACGGGGCGAUCGGCGCCCGGCAAGGAGACGGAUAUUAUCCUCAUGGGCACCGUGGACGAGACCGCCUCGACCUUUCAAAAGCUGGGUGGAACCGGAGUCGCUGUCCACGUGGACCAUGCACAGGAUGAGCAGAACUCAGCGAUCGUGAAGAUGAUCCGCGAGACGCAUGGGCGGCUGGACAUCCUGGUGAACAGUGCCUUCUACAUCCCAAAGCCGGACAUGAUCUUCUUCACCACCCCAGUCUGGAAUCAGCCCAUGCGCUUCCUGAACGAGCAAACCAGCGUGGGAGGUCUCAAUCAUAUAGGCCUCACGGUGGAGAUGCUGCCCUUCCUGCGCCGGGGCCGCGGGGUGGUGCUGAACAUCUCCUCCUGGGGCUCCCAGAUGAACAUCCCCAUCUUCCCACUGUCCUACUACUGCAACAAGGCCACCUUCGACCGAUCCAUGAUGGCUCUGGCGGAGAAGGUGCGCAACUACGGCGUGUGCGUGCUGACGGUCUGGCCCGGCAGUGUGAAGUCGGAGCGCAGUAUCAUGGGAGCCAAGCGCAGCGCGGCGCGGCUCAUCGACUUGGAAACCACCCGCUUCACAGGCAACGCCAUCGUCCAGCUGGGCUCUUUGAGCCCAGAGGUGCUGCGUGUCUACUCCUCCAAGCACCGGGUCUUGUCCUCCGCGGAUGUGCUGGGCUGGGAGGUGGACGGCUACUACCACCAGGGCGACCUUCACACCUUCACCACGGGCGGCCGAUCAUGA